AACCUUGUGUGACUGAGCUCAAGAGCAGUGCAUCCAGAUUCUCCUCAGAAGUGAGACUUUCCAAAGGACCAAUGACUCUGUUUCCUGUGCCCUUUCAUUUUUUCCUACUCUGUAGCUAUGUCUCGAUCCCGCCAUGCAAGGCCUUCCAGAUUAGUCAGGAAGGAAGAUGUAAACAAAAAAAAGAAAAACAGCCAACUACGAAAGACAACCAAGGGAGCCAACAAAAAUGUGGCAUCAGUCAAGACUUUAAGCCCUGGAAAAUUAAAGCAAUUAAUUCAAGAAAGAGAUGUUAAGAAAAAAACAGAACCUAAACCACCCAUGCCAGUCAGAAGCCUUCUGACAAGAGCUGGAGCAGCACGCAUGAAUUCGGAUAGGACUGAGGUUCUUUUUCAGAACCCAGAGUCCUUAACCUGCAAUGGGUUUACAAUGGCGCUACGAAGCACCUCUCUUAGCAGGCGACUCUCCCAACCCCCACUGGUCAUAGCCAAAUCCAAAAAGGUUCCACUUUCUAAGAGUUUAGAAAAGCAACAUGAUUGUGAUUAUAAGAUACUCCCUGAUUUGGGAGUAAAGCACUCAGAAAAUGAUUCGGUUCCAAUGCAAGACACCCAAGUCCUUCCUGAUAUAGAGACUCUAAUCAGUAUACAAAAUCCCUCUUUACUUAAAGGUAAGAGCCAAGAGACAACUCAGUCUUGGUCCCAAAGAGUUGAGGAUUCCAAAAUCAAUAUCCCUACCCACAGUGGCCCUGCAGCUGAGAUCCUUCCUGGGCCACUGGAAGGAACAUGCUGUGAUGAAGGACUAUUCUCUGAAGAGACAUUUAAUGAUACCAGUGGUUCCCCAAAAAUGUUUGCUCAGGACACAGUGUGUGCUCCUUUUCCCCAAAGAGCAACCCCCAGAGUUACCUCUCAAGGAAACCCCAGCAUUCAGUUAGAAGAGUUGGGUUCACGAGUAGAAUCUCUUAAGUUAUCUGAUUCUUACCUGGAUCCCAUUAAAAGUGAACAUAAUUGCUACCCCACCUCCAGUCUUAAUAAGGUUAUACCUGAAUUGAACCUUAGAAACUGCUUGGCUCUUGGUGGGUCUACAUCUCCUACCUCCGUAAUAAAAUUCCUCUUGGCAGGCUCAAAACAAGCAACCCUUGGUGCUAAACCAGAUCAUCAAGAGGCCUUCAAAGCUACUGCAAAUCAACAGGAAGUUUCUGAUACCACCUCUUUCCUAGGACAGGCCUUUGGUGCUAUCCCACAUCAAUGGGAACUUCCUGGUGCUGACCCAGUUCAUGGUGAGGCCCUGCGUGAGACCCCAGAUCUACCAGAGAUUCGUGGUGCUAUUCCAGUCCAAGGAGAGGUCUUUGGUACUAUUUUAGACCAACAGGAAACUCUUGGUAUGAGUGGGAGUGUUGUCCCAGACUUGCCUGUCUUCCUUCCUGUUUCUCCAAAUCCAGUUGCUACCUUUAAUGCUCCUUCCAAAUGGCCUGAGCCCCAAGGCGCUGUCUCAUAUGGACUUGCAGUCCAGGGUGCUAUACAGAUUUUGCCUUUGGGCUCAGGACACACUCCUCAAUCAUCAUCAAUCUCAGAGAAAAAUUCAUUACCUCCAGUAAUGGCUAUAAGCAAUGUAGAAAAUGAGAAGCAGGUUCAUAUAAGCUUCCUGCCAGCUAACACUCAGGGGUUCCCAUUAGCCCCGGAGAGAGGACUCUUCCAUGCUUCACUGGGUAUGGCCCAACUCUCUCAGGCUGGUCCCAGCAAAUCAGACAGAGGGAGCUCCCAGGUCAGUGUAACCAGCACAGUUCAUGUUGUCAACACCACAGUGGUGACUAUACCAGUGCCAAUGGUCAGUACCUCCUCUUCUUCCUAUACCACUUUGCUACCCACUUUGGAAAAGAAGAAAAGAAAGCGAUGUGGGGUCUGCGAACCCUGCCAGCAGAAGACCAACUGUGGUGAAUGUACUUACUGCAAGAACAGAAAGAACAGCCAUCAGAUCUGUAAGAAAAGAAAAUGUGAGGAGCUGAAAAAGAAACCAUCUGUCCUUGUGCCUCUGGAGGUUAUAAAGGAAAACAAGAGGCCCCAGAGGGAAAAGAAGCCCAAAGUUUUAAAGGCAGAUUUUGACAACAAACCAGUAAAUGGCCCCAAGUCAGAAUCCAUGGACUACAGUAGAUGUGGUCAUGGGGAAGAACAAAAAUUGGAAUUGAACCCACAUCCUGUUGAAAAUGUAACUAAAAAUGAAGACAGCAUGACAGGCAUCGAGGUGGAGAAGUGGACACAAAACAAGAAAUCACAUUUAACUGAUCAUGUGAAAGGAGAUUUUAGUGCUAAUGUCCCAGAAGCUGAAAAAUCGAAAAACUCUGAAGUUGACAAGAAACAAACCAAAUCUCCAAAAUUGUUUGUACAAACCAUAAGAAAUGGCAUUAAACAUGUACACUAUUUACCAGCUGAAACAAAUGUUUCAUUUAAAAAAUUCAACAUUGAAGAAUUCGGCAAGACAUUGGAAAACAGUUCUUAUAAAUUCCCAAAAGACACUGCAAACCAUAAUAACGCUAUGAGCUCCGUUGCUACUGAUAUGAGUUGUGAUCAUCUCAAGGGGAGAAGUAACGUUUUAGUUUUCCAGCAGCCUGGCUUUAACUGCAAUUCCAUUCCACAUUCUUCACACUCCAACAUACAUCGUCAUGCUAGUAUACACAAUGAAGGUGAUCAACCAAAAACUCCUGAGAAUAUACCAAGUAAAGAACCAAAAGAUGGAUCUCCCGUUCAACCAAGUCUCUUAUCGUUAAUGAAAGAUAGGAGAUUAACAUUGGAGCAAGUGGUAGCCAUAGAGGCCCUGACUCAACUCUCAGAAGCCCCGUCAGAGAAUUCCUCCCCAUCAAAGUCAGAGAAGGAUGAAGAAUCAGAGCAGAGAACAGCCAGUUUGCUUAAUAGCUGCAAAGCUAUCCUUUACACUGUAAGAAAAGACCUCCAAGACCCAAACUUACAAGGAGAGCCACAAAAACUUCAUCACUGUCCAUCUUUGGAAAAACAAAGUUCAUGCAACACGGUGGUUUUCAAUGGGCAAGCCAACUCACAUAUCAGCUCAGCUACUAACCAAGCAUCCACAAAGUCACAUGAAUAUUCAAAACUCACCAAUUCAUUAUCUCUUUUUAUACCAAAAUCAAAUUCACCCAAGAUUGACACCAAUAAAAGUAUUGCUCAAGGGAUAAUAACUCUUGACAAUUGUUCCAAUGAUUUGCAUCAAUUGCCACCAAGAAAUAAUGAAGUGGAGUAUUGCAACCAGUUACUGGACAGCAGCAAAAAUUUGGACUCAGAUGAUCUAUCAUGUCAGGAUGCAACCCAUACUCAAAUUGAGGAAGACGUUGCAACACAGUUGACACAACUUGCUUCAAUAAUUAAGUUCAAUUACAUAAAAUCAGAGGACAAAAAUGUUGAAAGUACACCAACAAGCCUUGUCACGUGUAAUGCACAGCAAAAAUACAAUCAGGAGAAGGGCACAAUACAACAGAAACCGCCUUCAAGUGUACACAAUAAUCAUGGUUCAUCAUUAACAAAGCAAAAGAAUCCAACCCAGAAAAAGACAAAAUCCACCCCAUCAAGAGAACGGCGGAAAAAGAAGCCCACAGUUGUAAGUUAUCAAGAAAAUGAUCAGCAGAAGUGGGAAAAGUUGUCCUAUAUGUAUGGCACAAUAUGCGACAUUUGGAUAGCAUCAAAAUUUCAGAAUUUUGGGCAAUUUUGUCCCCAUGAUUUUCCUACUGUAUUUGGGAAAAUUUCUUCCUCAACCAAAAUAUGGAAACCACUGGCUCAAACGAGGUCCAUUAUGCAACCCAAAACAGUAUUUCCUCCACUCACUCAGAUAAAAUUACAGAGAUACCCUGAAUCAGCAGAGGAAAAGAUGAAGGUUGAACCAUUGGAUUCACUCAGCUUAUUUCAUCUUAAAACGGAAUCCAACGGGAAGGCAUUCACUGAUAAAGCUUAUAAUUCUCAGGUACAGUUAACGGUGAAUGCCAAUCAGAAAGCCCAUCCUUUGACCCAGCCCUCCUCUCCGCCUCACCAGUGUGCUAACGUGAUGGCAGGCGAUGACCAAAUACGGUUUCAGCAGGUUGUUAAGGAGCAACUCAUGGAUCAGAGACUACCAACCUUGCCUGGUAUCUCUCAAGAAACACCCUUACCGGAGUCAGCACUAACUCUCAGGAAUGUAAAUGUAGUGUGUUCAGGUGGAAUUACAGUGGUUUCUACCAAAAGUGAAGAGGAAGUGUGUUCAUCCAGUGUUGGAACAUCAGAGUUUUCCACAGUGGACAGUGCACAGAAAAAUUUUAAUGAUUAUGCUAUGAACUUCUUUACUAACCCUACAAAAAACCUAGUGUCUGUAACUAAAGAUUCUGAACUGCCCACCUGCAACUGUCUUGAUCGAGUUAUACAAAAAGACAAAGGCCCAUAUUAUACACACCUUGGGGCAGGACCAAGUGUUGCUGCUGUCAGGGAAAUCAUGGAGAAUAGGUAUGGUGAAAAAGGAAACGCAAUAAGGAUAGAAAUAGUAGUGUACACCGGUAAAGAAGGGAAAAGCUCUCAUGGGUGUCCAAUUGCUAAGUGGGUUUUAAGAAGAAGCAGUGAUGAAGAAAAAGUUCUUUGCUUGGUCCGGCAGCGUACAGGCCACCACUGUCCAACUGCUGUGAUGGUGGUGCUCAUCAUGGUGUGGGAUGGCAUCCCUCUUCCAAUGGCUGACAGGUUAUACACAGAGCUCACAGAGAAUCUAAAGUCAUACAAUGGGCACCCUACCGACAGAAGAUGCACCCUCAAUGAAAAUCGUACCUGUACAUGUCAAGGAAUUGAUCCAGAGACUUGUGGAGCUUCAUUCUCUUUUGGCUGUUCAUGGAGUAUGUACUUUAAUGGUUGUAAGUUUGGUAGAAGCCCAAGCCCCAGGAGAUUUAGAAUUGAUCCAAGCUCUCCCUUACAUGAAAAAAACCUUGAAGAUAACUUACAGAGUUUGGCUACACGAUUAGCUCCAAUUUAUAAGCAGUAUGCUCCAGUAGCUUACCAAAAUCAGGUGGAAUAUGAAAAUGUUGCCCGAGAAUGUCGGCUUGGCAGUAAGGAAGGUCGUCCCUUCUCUGGGGUCACUGCUUGCCUGGACUUCUGUGCUCAUCCCCACAGGGACAUUCACAACAUGAAUAAUGGGAGCACUGUGGUGUGUACUUUAACUCGAGAAGAUAACCGCUCUUUGGGCGUUAUUCCUCAAGAUGAGCAGCUCCAUGUGCUACCUCUUUAUAAGCUUUCAGACACAGAUGAGUUUGGCUCCAAGGAGGGAAUGGAAGCCAAGAUCAAAUCUGGGGCCAUCGAGGUCCUGGCACCCCGCCGCAAAAAAAGAACGUGUUUCACUCAGCCUGUUCCCCGUUCUGGGAAGAAGAGGGCUGCGAUGAUGACGGAGGUUCUUGCGCAUAAGAUAAGGGCAGUGGAGAAGAAACCUAUUCCCCGAGUCAAGCGGAAGAAUAACUCAACAACAACAAACAACAGUAAGGCUUCGCCACUGCCAGCCUUAGGGAGUAAAACUGAGACUGUGCAACCUGAAGUAAAAAGUGAAACCGAACCCCAUUUUAUCUUAAAAAGUUCAGACAACACUAAAACUUAUUCGCUGAUGCCAUCCGCUCCUCAUCCAGUGAAAGAGGCAUCUCCAGUUUUCUCCUGGUCCCCGAAGACUGCUUCAGCCACACCAGCUCCGUUGAAGAAUGAUGCAGCAGCCUCGUGUGGGUUUUCAGAAAGAAGCAGCACUCCCCACUGUACAAUGUCUUCGGGAAGACUCAGUGGUGCCAAUGCAGCCGCUGUUGAAGGCCCUGGCAUUUCACAGCUUGGCGAAGCUGCUCCUCUCCCCACCCUGUCUGCUCCUGUGAUGGAGCCCCUCGUUAAUUCUGAGCCUCCCACUGGUGUGACUGAGCCGCUAACGUCUCAUCAGCCAAACCACCAGCCCUCCUUCCUCACCUCUCCUCAAGACCUUGACUCUUCUCCAAUGGAAGAAGAUGAGCAGCAUUCUGAAGCAGAUGAGCCUCCAUCAGACGAACCCCUAUCUGAUGACCCCCUGUCACCUGCUGAGGAGAAGUUGCCCCACAUUGAUGAGUAUUGGUCAGACAGUGAGCACAUCUUUUUGGAUGCAAAUAUUGGUGGGGUGGCCAUCGCACCUGCUCACGGCUCGGUUUUGAUUGAGUGUGCCCGGCGCGAGCUGCACGCUACCACUCCUGUUGAGCACCCCAACCGUAAUCAUCCAACCCGCCUCUCCCUUGUCUUUUACCAGCACAAAAACCUGAAUAAGCCCCAACACGGUUUUGAACUAAACAAGAUUAAGUUUGAGGCUAAAGAAGCUAAGAAUAAGAAAAUGAAGGCCUCAGAGCAAAAAGACCAGGCAGCUAAUGAAGGUCCAGAACUGUCCUCUGAAGUAAAUGAAUUGAACCAAAUUCCUUCUCAUAAAGCAUUAACAUUAACCCAUGACAAUGUUGUCACCGUGUCCCCUUAUGCUCUCACACACGUUGCGGGGCCCUAUAACCAUUGGGUCUGAAGGCUUUUCUCCCCCUCUUAAUGCCUUUGCUAGUGCAGUGUAUUUUUUCAAGGUGCUGUUAAAAGAAAGUCAUGUUGUCGUUUACUAUAUCUUCAUCUCACCCAUUUCAAGUCUGAGGUAAAAAAAUAAUAAUGAUAACAAAACGGGGUGGGUAUUCUUAACUGUGACUAUAUUUUGACAAUUGGUAGAAGGUGCACAUUUUAAGCAAAAAUAAAAGUUUUAUAGUUUUAAAUACAUAAAGAAAUGUUUCAGUUAGGCAUUAACCUUGAUAGAAUCACUCAGUUUGGUGCUUUAAAUUAAGUCUGUUUACUAUGAAACAAGAGUCAUUUUUAGAGGAUUUUAACAGGUUCAUGUUUUAUGAUGUAAAAUCAAGACACACAGUGUUAACUCUACACAGCUUCUGGUGCUUAACCACAUCCACACAGUUAAAAAUAAGCUGAAUUAUUAUUUCAUGGUGCCAUCGUUCCAACAUCUUCCAAUCAUUGCUAGAAAAUUGGCAUAUUCCUUUGAAAUAAACUUAUGAAAUGUUUUCUCUCUUAAAAUAUUUCUCCUGUGUAAAAUACAUCAUUGUUGUUAGUAAUGGUUGGAGGCUGUUCAUAAAUUGUAAAUAUAUAUUUUAAAAGCACUUUCUAUUUUUAAAAGUAACUUGAAAUAAUAUAGUAUAAGAAUCCUAUUGUCUAUUGUUUGUGCAUAUUUGCAUACAAGAGAAAUCAUUUAUCCUUGCUGUGUAGAGUUCCAUCUUGUUAACUGCAGUAUGUAUUCUAAUCAUGUAUAUGGUUUGUGUUCUUUUACUGUGUCCUCUCACAUUCAAGUAUUAGCAACUUGCAGUAUAUAAAAUAGUUAGAUAAUGAGAAGUUGUUAAUUAUCUCUAAAAUUGGAAUUAGGAAGCAUAUCACCAAUAUUAAUUAACUUUUUUUUUUUUUAGAACUAGAUAAGAGUGGUCUCUUCUUAUUGAACAACCUCAAUUUAGUUUCAUCCCACCUUUCUUAGUAUAAUCCAUGAGAGGUGUUUCCAAAAGGAGAUGAUGGUACAGGAUAGGUUUCAGAAGAGUCAAAUGCUUCUAAUGUCUCAAGGUGAUAAAGUACAAAAACUAAGUAGACAGAUAUUUUGUACUGAAGUCUGAUACAGAAUUAGGAAAAAACAAAUUCUUGUUGAAAUAUUUUGAAAACAAAUUCCCUACUAUCAUCACAUGCCUCCCAACCCCAAGUCAAACAAGAGGAAUGGUACUGUAAACAUGGCUUUGUCCGUUAAGAGCUAAUUCAUUUGUUUAUCUUAGCAUACUAGAUUUGGGAAAAUGAUAACUCAUCUUUUCUGAUAAUUGCCUAUGUUCUAGGUAACAGGAAAGUAGGCAUUAAGUUUAUUUUAGUCUUCCCAUUUUCUUCCUAUUACUUUAUUGACUCAUUUUAUUGCAAAACAAAAAGGAUUACCCGGACAACAUGUUUCGAACAAGGAGAAUUUUCAAUGAAAUACUUGAUUCUGUUAAAAUGCAGAGGUGCUAUAACAUUCAAAGUGUCAGAUUCCUUGGGAAUAUGGAAAACCUAAUGGUGCUUCUCCCUUGGAAAUGCCAUAGGAAGCCCACAACCGCUAACACUUACAAUUUUGGUGCAAAAGUAAACAGUUCCAGCAGGCUCUCUAAAGAAAAACUCAUUGUAACUUAUUAAAAUAAUAUAUGGUGCAAAGUAUCUGUUUUGAGCUUUUGACUAAUCCAAGUAAAGGAAUAUGAAGGGAUUGUAAAUAACAAAAUGUCCAUUGAUAGACCAUCGUGUACAAGUAGAUUUCUGCUUGUUGAAUAUGUAAAAUAGGGUAAUUCAUUGACUUGUUUUAGUAUUUUGUGUGCCUUAGAUUUCUGUUUUAAGACAUGUAUAUUUUUGUGAGCCUAAGGUUUCUUAUAUACAUAUAAGUAUAUAAAUAAGUGAUUGUUUAUUGCUUCAGCUGCUUCAACAAGAUAUUUACUAGUAUUAGACUAUCAGGAAUACACCCUUGCGAGAUUAUGUUUUAGAUUUUAGGCCUUAGCUCCCACUAGAAAUUAUUUCUUCACCAGAUUUAAUGGAUAAAGUUUUAUGGCUCUUUAUGCAUCGACUCAUCUACUCAUUCUUCGAGUCUACACUUAUUGAACGCCUGCAAAAUCUAAAUAUCACUUUUAUUUUUCUUUGAAUCACCACCUAUGACAUAGUAAACUUGAAGAAUAAAAACUGCCCUCAGAAAUAUUUUUAAAAGAAGUAACAAAUUAUCUUCAAGAUAAUCCAUGGUAACGUAUGCAGUAAUUCAAAUUGAUCUGUCUCUGAAUAGAUUUCUUAACAAUCUAAACUUGAAACAUCAAUGUUAAUUUUUGGAACUGUUGGGAUUUGUGAUGCUUGUUGCAGUUUACCAAAACAAGUAUUUGAAAAUAUCUAGUAUCAACUGAAAUGUUUCCAUUCCAUUGUUGUAGUUAACAUCAUGAAUGGACUUCCUAAGCUGAUUACCCCACUGUGGGAACCAAAUGGAUUCCUACUUUGUUGGACUCUAUUUCCUGAUUUUAACAAUUUACCAUCCCAUUCUCUGCCCUGUGAUUUUUUAAAAGCUUAUUCGAUGUUCUGCAGCAUUGUGAUUGUAUGCUGGCUACACCGCUUUUAGAAUGCUCUUUCUCAUGAAGCAAGGAAAUAAAUUUGUUUGAAAUGACAUUUUCUCUCAUAAAA